GUUUCUGGAUGGCAGACUCUGAAAAGAAAUGCAGUUUUAAGAGGUGAAAGGGACAGAGGGAAACAUUCAAAAGCCUACAGAUGAUGAUCAAGAAAUAGCUGAUUGAUCAACAUGAACAUCUCUUCUGAUUUGCAUCGCACUCUAUUCUAAUGUUCUGCUGCACUCAGAUGUAGGCAGAAUGAAAACCCAAGUUGGGGAUAUGCAGUUAAGAGCAGGUGUGAUUCUUCAGUGAGCAGGAAACAGACACCAAAGAUGCUGACAAGGAAGAUUAAGCUUUGGGACAUCAAUGCCCAUAUAACCUGCCGUCUUUGCAAUGGUUAUCUUAUUGAUGCUACCACUGUAACGGAAUGCUUACAUACCUUUUGCAGGAGUUGCUUGGUAAAGUAUUUGGAGGAAAAUAAUACCUGUCCCACAUGCAGGAUAGUUAUACAUCAGAGCCAUCCACUACAGUAUAUUGGUCAUGACAGAACGAUGCAAGAUAUUGUUUACAAACUUGUUCCAGGUCUUCAAGAAGCGGAAAUGAGAAAGCAGAGGGAAUUCUACCACAAACUGGGCAUGGAAGUACCAGGUGACAUCAAAGGAGAGACAUGCUCAGCCAAACAACAUUUAGAAUCUCACCGGAAUGGGGAAACAAAAGCAGAUGAGACUACAAACAAAGAAACAUCAGAAGAGAAACAGGAAGAAGAUAAUGAUUAUCAUAGAAGUGAUGAACAGGUAAGCAUCUGUUUGGAAUGCAACAGCAGCAAAUUACGUGGACUAAAGAGAAAAUGGAUUCGCUGCUCAGCACAAGCUACAGUCUUGCAUCUAAAGAAGUUCAUUGCCAAAAAACUUAAUCUUUCUUCAUUUAAUGAGCUGGAUAUAUUAUGCAAUGAAGAAAUUCUGGGCAAGGACCACACUCUCAAAUUUGUAGUUGUUACGAGAUGGAGAUUUAAGAAAGCACCUCUACUGCUACAUUACAGACCCAAAAUGGACUUGCUGUGAGAACUAUUUUGUCCUUCUGGACGGUUUUUUGCAGAGACUAUCAUUGGGCACCUUCUUAGUGCAUCACACAGUUUACCCAAGACACAGACCAGCAGAAUCCAUUCCCGAAAAAAGUCGUGCUCUCCCGUUCAACCAUCUUGAAUCGUUCUCUGAGGGAUGCAUUAACCCAACUUUCUGCAUAGAAAAAUAUUUAUACUUUUUCUUACCAAAAAAAGAAAAGGAAAAAAAAAAAGAAAUUGUAACUUGAGAGGAUGCUACCAGCACGAAGUUUACAAACACUGAAAACACUUCAUGGUUUCACAUGUGAAGCUCAGUUCUCAGUCAUCAUCUUGCAAAGAUGCAAAAUGGGUUUAAGAUGUUGUGGAGGAGAUGGUUUAAGAUUAAGAAGUUGUUUAAGAUUUGUUGUCACCAAACAACAUUUAGAUUACUUCACAACUUAACUGUGGCGUAUUUUUUGCAAGGUUUUCUGUUCGUUAUACCUCAUGGCCCCUGUUAGUUAGCCCUAUGUGAAAUGUUUAACAUUGACAAAGAUCUAACAGCUGGCAGUGAUUUUGCGGCAUGAUGCUAUUUUGGAUUAUGCUCUUGUGUUCUUCUGCUGGUUCAUCUGACUGAGGUUAUUGGAAGAAUUUUAGCUCAUUCUAUUCUGUUGCAGUUUUUAUCAGCUCGCAUAAAAAUGCUGAGCAUUUAGAAAGAACCUGCAUUUAGGGUAUAUGUCGCUUACAGAGCUGAGGGAGAUGUUAGACUAGGGGAUUUGCCUUACAGUAAACAAAAUAAGCUGUUGGCAGCCUUAACUACCUGGAUUCCAGUAGUGCUCCUUUGAAUAACGCACUAUAUUAAUGUUACAACACACUUUCUGUGACAUGCAUUAACAGGCUGACCUUCCUGAUGGUUGCUAGGUUUCCCUAAACUAGACUAUUGUGUUAGCCUGGUUAUUUACUGAAACUAUCUUUAUAGGAUCAGAUCUGUCAACGUUAAUAGUAGUGAUAAUAAUAAUAAUAAUAAAAAUCCAGCUUCCUAGGGCCACAUUGUCAAGUCUGAGCUGUGUAAGUAUAUCUCUCAACAGAGGACUGAGUAGUUUAAAGAGAUAAAUGCUGUUUGACUUUUAAGCAAUUUGAGAUUUUUUUUUAAAAAGGGGAUUAGUUCUUCAAAUUUGCUUAUUUGAGAAAUAUGAAUGGGUGACAAAUGAUCUGUUCAUUAUUAAUAACAAUUAAGUGACACUCCUCUCCUGGAAUCAUUUCAUUAAUUUUAUAUGGUCCAGCAUGGACUUCACUCAAGAGUGUUCAUAGGCACACUCACUGCUGCAUGCAGCCCUAUAUACAGUUUUAUUUCUCUCUUACAGAAGGGUUUAUUUUCUCAGUCCUCAUUUUUCCAUUGUAUCAGCUAGACUAAAAAAAUCAUCAUCAAGCUUUCCCUAAAUAUUGCCCUUCUUUGCUUCUCUGGCUUUUGCUGUCAGCACAUGGGUAUGCUGCUAACCUGUCUGUUCAAGCUGAGUUCUGUGGACAUCUUUAUGUUUAGCCUCAUACAGGCAAACAUGAAUAGGUGAAAACUUAAGGAGUCAAAUGGAGAGCAAAAUAGGAGCAAGUUAAAAUAUUGGGAUAAGUAUUCAAGAGUUGGCUUAGGUGCUGAAGGGGGUGGGAGAGAAAGACAUAGGGUACUCUUUCAACAGAAGGUUUUUCUGGAAUGUUCUGGCAAAAUGAAUGGAAGCUGCAAAGGGUACAUUAAUUGUCUAGGAUAUUUACCCACUUUUUAAUGGGACGGCCAUUUCUCAGUGAAUGUGCAAUUGCACUGUUGUGAUCCUUCCAUUCAUUUUAGUGUGUUAUGUGUUGGACAGUGGUCCACUGGAAAGUGCCCUUAAAAUGUUAACUUCUAGCUCUUAGGUCAUCCUUUUAUGAAAAACAGCAGUUUAUUUCAUGGUAACUAUUGCUUGCCUUUGCUCAGAAAGUAUCUUCCAAUUUUUAAAAAUUGGUCAGUGGAAAACUGUAGCAUCAUGGAAUUGGGAGGUCUAUACAAGAGUGCAUGUAGUUGGAGAGUCUUAAACGUAAGGAUUCCUUCCCACCCUAAUUCAUAGGCCAUGUGGUGCUAUCUGCAAAUAUGUUGGCUAACACUUUCUUAGUGAGCCUUAAACUUGGUGACCCUGUCUAAUACUCCCUUGGUUCAGUUAAGCAUUUGAAGUGCUUAAUGACCAUAUCCAACAAUUCAUUCUACCUCAGACUAGAUACACAGAUGAACUGUAAGAUCAAUGUCAUCUUAAAAUUCUGAAUACAGAUAGUAUCCUGUGUAACUUGAGCUGAGGGAUUAAAUAGUAUCACAAUGCAGACUACAACCCCACAACUCUUGACUGCAACAGUCUACGGAAUCUGUAUUGCUAAGUUUCUAGCAAAAUUUUGAAUCACUUGAAUUUGAUACGGUGCUAUAUAAAUAUAUUUAAAUAUAUAUCUAGUCAGGUGCAUUGAAAACAAGGCCAGCAGUUGACACCUAUGCUGGUUUUGUUGAACUUAUAUGAGUAUUUAUCUCUGCUUUUAUAACAGCCUGAUGAAAACAUCCUUGGCAGAAAAUACUUGGGUUUUUUUCUUUUCUUUUUCAAAACACCUUCUCCGAAUACUUGUUUUUCUAUGGAAACUGUGUCCCUUGGGGUGUGUUUGUUUCAGAGACCUAGCUGGCUUGUAUUAUCAGAAAAACAGCUACAGUGACUACCAACAGAGCAGAUCCUUGUGAUAGAAAUUGUCUCUCUUCUGUGAAGCUUUUAAGGGACAGGUUGCACAAUGGUUAUGUUGGCAAAGCAUUCUGUUGAUCUUUCUGGCUUAAGGUCUUCAAAUCGUAUUCAGCUCAAGCGGCUGGGACAUCCUUCAGCCGCCACUGAAUUUGUGUUGGGUGAUUAAAGUGAUAUAUAAAAUAACUGUGAAGUCAUUUUUUAAUUUUUUAUUUCUUUGUUUUUUUAAAGACUGCUUACCGCUGGUAAAUAAAUGCAGUAAAAUUUUCUUGUUGCAUUAUCCUCAGCAACAAAGAGACAAGCAUAACAACUGUUUUAUGGUCUCACUUGGUAUAAUUUUCUUUUAAAAUAGAGAAAUCAGAAUAUAUAAUAUUGAAUUUUAAAUAAGAAUGGGGGGUUGAAAGUUAACUUUAUAAAAUUAUUUAUUCUAUUUUAAGCCUUCUAUCAUACUUUUUACCAUCUAAGUAUUUUUUUGGUUUUAAUGGUCCAGCUUUAUUUAUGGGCAUAUAAAAUGAAAUUGUGAGAUGUUUUUUACAAGCUUCUUCCUUCUUCUUUUCUUUUUGUGAGGGCCAAACCAGAUGAUGUACUAAAUGAGUGGCUGUUACUAAAAGGGACAACCAUGCACUUAACUCCCUCCUAAACACCUCAUAAUCUCCACUACAAAUUAGCUGUGGUCUAAUGUCAUGCCAUUGUGUAUUUCCUUGCCACUUUCCUGCGGCAACCAGUGUUGUGGAACAUGAAAAUUGAAGACGACAUAACAUGAGACUUGGGUAAGAUAUACUAGAGUAAGGUGAAAUGUAGUCAUGGUUGGGUUUGGUGACAACUACUUAUAUAGGACAACAUUUAGCUUGGCCUUGUUUGAUUUUUUUUUUUUUUGUAUGGAUAAAGAGCAUUACUUUAUGCUUUUUGUGCAAUAGGUUUGAAACAUGCUUUUGUUAGGCAUACAUUUUAAAUGGUAAAUGUAGCAUCUACUAACCACAGCUCUGAAAAGGAAUUUAGGUGGUUUUAAGUGUACAUUCAAAUGGGCUCUUCUCUAUCCCUUCUCCCCUUCCUGGUUUUUUUUUUUAAAUUAAAUUUGGGAGUUGUGUCUGUGUGCAAGGACUACCUGUCAACAAUAUUUUAAAGAUGAAUUGGCAAGAACUCUUAAACGUAAAAUGUAGAAGUGAUCAGCAAGGCUUUGCAAGCCUUUCAGAAAUUUAUGUGUGUGCCAUUGGUACGUCUGGUAUUUCUCUCUCUCUUUGUAUACCAUUAAACCUGGAAAUAUUUAUUUCUUAGCGGUUGUGCAAUGCUCCAGAUACAAAUUUUAACCUCGGGGGCGGGGGGGGGGGGGGAUAAAAUUGUUUUUAAAAUAUCAGACUACAAAAUAUGAUGGUGCUAUUUUUUGUUGUCAUUUCCUCUAAUACUAUUUGAGCCUUUUGAAACCUUACCUGGCUCUUACUGUUUUCAUAGCAAUCUAAUUAGUCUUGGGAGAUUCAUUGUCCUGUUUCUUUUCCAAUGGAGUGACAAAUCUAUUUGCAAAGUUAGCCUAUUUGCAGUUAUUUGAAACUGAGCUGUAUGUUUAAAUGCAACAGGAGAAAGCCAACCAGUUUAUACAUCUAGACGAUGACUCUUUGAUAACUUUAUACUUUAACCAGUACAUAAAAAUGCAUUUCCUGCAGACGGUUAAAACUGUAUUUUACAGAAAAAUCGUGUUUCUGUAUUUCCUCAGGUAAUUGCUCUGGUUUUAAACACUUCACAUGAUACCUUAACUUAUCAUAUAUUUGUGUGUAUGUGUGUGACCUCAGAUUUAAAAUGUAAGAAGAUGGGGCACACAAGCAGGCCAUUGCAUGUCAGAAUUGCAAGUGGAUAUAUUCACCUUCUAGUCAAAAUGUGCACAGGGAACACAACAUUUUUCUUAAAAUGCAUACUGUUGGCUUGGAAACACACUUUCCUCUGGUAAUGGAAGGUGGCAGCAGAAUACAUAUUUCUCAAGGAAUUUGUUUCUAACCCUAAAAUUGGCUGUUGUCAUUCGAGCUUGAAAUUCUUUGCUCUUUACUGAGCACAGGCAAUGGCCUGAAAAGUGGCUUACAAAGGCUGUAACUGUAUGGUUGGCAGCAGACCUGGCUCUGAGAUGCAGGGUCUUUGCUGAGCAGCUGCCAAUGGAAAGAUGGUAACUUGAAGUGCAGGAACAGGCAGACACUUAAAUUCCCCUUCCCUUCUCUACUCUGGCCUGGAAACUUGCAUCCAGAACCCUGGAUUUAGAAGGGGUUGGGAGGUUGGAAAGGAAAUGCAAUAGGAGAAAUAUUAGGGGAUCUCUUUUGUCUACCACUUGUCCUCCCCCCCCCCCUUGCCCCAUUGCUUUGAUGUUUUUUGGUAAAUAUCUGAGUUCCCAGAUCUGGAUUUUGCAGAUGCUUCAGUCUGUUACUAAGGUCCAAAACACACUGCAGAAAUAAUCCAGUUUGAGACCGCUUUAACUGCCUUGGCUCAGUGCUAGAGAAUUCUGGAAACUGUAGUAUAUUGUGGCACCAGAGUGCUUUGACAGAAGGCUAAAUGUCUCACAAAAUUACAGUUCCCAGAAGUCCCUAGCAGUGAACCAGGGUAGUUAAAGCAGUCUCAAACUGGAUUAUUUCUGCAGUGUGUUUUGGACCUGACUGUGUAGUUUGGCCAAAUGCAUCUGUAUAGAGUUCUCUUAAUGUCCAUGAACACCGAACCUAUCAAGGACGCUUACGCGACCUCUAGACAUUUUUUGGGAAUGGGAAUAUUUCUUUACCCGAGGAGAAUCAAGCAAGAUGCUCUGCCUAAACAUACCCGCUGAGUAUGGGUUCUUGCAGAAUGUCCUGUUUCAAUGGCAGUGACCAGUCUAACAGCCAAACAGCACGAGAGAGUGAGGAAUACUAUUUAUUUGCAAAAAGAUAAAUUUAGGGUUUGGGGACAAUAAGCCAGUGCAGCCGUGUAAGCCUUUUAUCCUCAACAUGUGGCAUAAUAAAGUUACUGAAAAUUCUUGCCGUAUUUAAAAAAAACAAUAAUCAUAUUUUUGGCUUGGUUUCAUUUGAAAGUUUACAUUAAAGUUUUUUUUAAUGCUUUGUGUUGCUGUGUAACUUUUGUACUAUUGGUGGCUAGUUUUUGUCUGAAUAAGCCUUUUGGGGAAUUAUUGCUUAAUGUUUUGAUUUUAUGAUAGUGAAGCUUGUAUUCAGUGUUCUGCCAAUUAAUAUUAUAUGCUUGUAAUAAAAGCCAAAAAAAGAAGAA